UACCUGAUAUUGUUAAUCAUGUUUCGAUCGACAAAAAAACAUUAAUACUUUGGAGAUGCCAAAUGUCUCAACAUUAACAUCAGAAGACAAGCAAACAAUUAAAAAAUAUAUCCCUAAGCCUACAAAUAAAAUUAUUACUGCAGCAGUUGCUCGGCUUUAUGUUGCUUAUCCGAAUCCUAAUCAAUGGAGAUUUACGGGUAUUAGUGGAGCAAUAGUUUUUGUAUAUGAUGUGGUUGGAAAUACAUUGUUUUUAAAGAUGGUUGAUAUUUCUAAUUCAAAUCGUGGUAUUAUAUGGGAUCAGGAGCUAUAUGAAGAUUUUCAGUAUCAUCAAGAUAGGACGUUUUUUCAUUCAUUUGAAUUGGAGGUAUGGAAUAUGUCUGUAACAGAUGAAUGUUUUUCUUGAUGGAAUCGAAUUAUAGAAGUGUAUUGCAGGUUUAUCGUUUGCAGAUGUUAGUGAAGCGUCUGUUUUUUAUCGUCGUGUAAAUGAGCGACUUUAUGCUUCUCAUAAAAAUGCUUCUGCAUCGUGGGGUUCUGGAGCAAUGUGUUCUUCAAAGACAAGUAUAAAAAAACGGACUGUUGAUAAAUCGAAGAUUGGAGCACCGUCUCAUUUUCAACAUGUCAGCCAUAUUGGUUGGGAUUCUGAGAAAGGUUUUACUGCAGAAAAUCUUGACUCUUCAUGGAAGAGGCUUUUUGAUGAAUUGGGUCAGUUUGGGUUUUCUUAUAAACAAAUUGAGGAAAAUAAAGAGUUUAUUCGUAAUUAUAUUUCAAAGAAUGGAGGACUGGAAAAUACCAAUCAAAAUACCAAUAAAAAUGCUAAUCAAGCUUCUGAAGAAUCUGUUAAAUCGUAUUCAAAUCAUACAUCACAAGAACCUAUCAAGAAAUAUCGUUUACCACCUCCCCCAAUUCCAGCACCUUUAUCUUCUCCUUCUCUUUCUUCUUCUGGUACUUCUAGUUCCUUGAAAAGAGCACCUCCACCGCCUCCACCACGAAAAUCUUAUAUUGCUACGUCUGAAACUACUCGACCUUUAGAUCCAAUACAUGUGCAAACUAAUCAUUUAUCAUUACGUGGUUCUACCAUUAAUCAAUAUGAAUCAUUGCAUGGUUCAUUGAUAGAUUCUAACGUUUUUGUUAAAACUGGUUCUACUGGUACUAAAGCUUUACCCAGAUUAGCAGUUAAUAAGCCACCAUUGGAUGAAGACGCUGCUCGUAAGCCACGGUCAUCAUUUGUUUCUGAGUCUCAAUCUUCAACUCAUGCAGUAAAUUCAGUUUCAAAGCAUUCCACGUUGUCUUUAACGCCUGAUUCUCCUUUAUUGAAUGGGAGACGAAACUCUUUUUCUGGUAAUAAUGAGGUUUCAGCAUUACCAGAGAAGCCUCCUCAGUUACAACUAUUUAAUAAAGCGCCUACUCCAGAGGCUUCAUCGGGUUCAUCGUUUGUUCCACCACCACCUCCUCCUCCUCCACCACCUCCUCCGCCUCCACCACCACCACCUCUUCCUCCUUCAUUUCCUGGGUCUCAACUUCCUGAAUCAGUGUCGUCAAAGUCUUCUAUGAAAAAUACUGUUUCAUCUUCGCAACUAUCCGGAGAUAAAUCAGCUCUAUCUAUUGAUACUUCGAACAUGCAAACUCCAUCUUCUGAGAUGCUUUAUAGUUCUGAGCGUUCUAACUUAAUGGCAAGUAUUAGAUCAAGUGGUGGUAUUUCUGUGUUAAGAAAGGUGGAACCAGCAUCAACAUCAAAGACAUCUUUAAAUUCUUCUAAUGGGACUACUCGCGUAACAAGUGGUUCUGGAGGAUUUAUAAACCUGGAAGAUGCAUUGGUUGCUGUUUUGAAUCAUCGUAAAGAAAAAGUUACAUUAAGCGAUGACGAUGAGUCUGACGAUGAUGGUUGGGAUGAUUAA